AUGACUGAAAGCUCAGGGAGAAACAACAGCGGUCUGGACAUCCCAGCCAGCGAAGUCAUCUUUCAUUCAGAGAGCUCUGAGGAGGGCAGCGGACACGGUGCAGACACUGCAGCAGCACAGGGACUCGUCAAUAAGACUAUCACUCCAGAGGAGCCAGAGAGAGCGAGCAGCGAAAACCCUUCUGGGUCUGGGAUCACAUUAACUACAAGACCAGGACCUACUCUACACCACUCAGGGGCUCAUGAGCAAGGAGCUGACAAAGCCAAUUCUUCAAUUACAGGCUACAGUCACUCCAGUGUACACAGACUCUCAGAGGAAGCUCUCUUGGACGACGGCCACAUUACAAAUGAGGAACAGUUAAAAAAGAGUCCCAGAGUAAAUGAUGACUCUCUGUCUGGUGGAGACAGCCCCAAGCUCCCUGUCCAAACCAGUGUGUUUACUUACAUGCCAAAUGACAACGUGCCAGGGCCUGGAGGUCCCUGUGUGCUUGGUGUCCGACCAUGUGUUGUUCUUAAAAACUUCAACGGCACCAGUCUGCUCUGGGAUGACAUGAGGCGCACGCUGGCGUUUGCCUGGGAACUGCACGUCUUUGGAUCGGCCAGCCUUUUCACACUGAUGGCGCUCCUGGCAGUUCUGGGGAUGGCUGGAGCGUGCACUCUUCCUCACCCCCUCUGUGACGCUCUGACCCUGACCCUCUCCCUCGGCUGGGGCCUCCCAUUCUGUUUGGGGAUCCUCAUUAAGUCCCUCUCCCCUCUACCUCCCUUUCUCCGGUCCUCUAUACCACAGUGGUUUCCCUCACAGAAGACCGAGAGGCGUGGAAAGCGACUAACAGCAGUGUGUGCCUUCCUUGCAGUGCUGUGCUGCAGCCUUCAGAUGUACAGUCUCUUCUGGCUUUAUGGGCUGCUGGGGAACUGGAGGCGCUUCGGCUGGGGCUGGUGGCUCAGUCAGUUCUGGGCCAGAAUCCUUGAGAUAGCUUGGGGAUUCUCUUUACUUGUCCUUGGAUCUUGGAUCUUCUGGACACCAUUUAGGGGUCAUUCAAGGGGCGAUCAUGGGCAGGGCAGAAGUGAGGUGUCUAAGAGGGUGGAGAAGAAAAGCUUGUGGGGCAGACUCUUGGCCAGCGUACGAAAAGGCCCUCUGAGAAAAUCUGAGAAAACCUGGGAGGACCUGAUACCAAAUAACUGGGCAAAGUAUAACCUGUCCAGAUCAGGUAUCAGCAACAACGCAAUGUGCCCAUAUGAUGAUCCACCAACAGCCGUUAUAGCAGAAUACAAACCUGAUCCUCUCAGCAGCAGCAGCUCUGACACUCAGGCUGCACUGCUGUGGCAAAAAGUUGGUGAACGCGAAUGUAUUCUUUCACUCAUUGAAUUUGACAUGCGGCCCCCAUCUCCUAUUAACCUCCGGCGCAGCAUUGACAACGCGCUUCAUCAUGGGCAGCUCGUAGCAGGAGGUCUGUUCACACCUCCGCCCCCUUCCUGGACUCACAGUAUGAGCACAGACUCCAAUGAUGCAGACAGCGGUACAACAACAUUCCCUCCAGCUUACGUCAGCUACGGGUGGAUGCUGGAUACGGAGUCUAUUUCUGCAUCUCUGGACCAUUUCCAAGCCAAAGAACCAGCACAGUCGCCCAGUGCUACAGCUGAUUAUAAUGGCAGCAUUGGGUCUCCAGCUGCUGCACGUCACGAAGAGGAAUUCUCAGCAGUGAUGCAUCAGCAUGACUGGUCUGAGGACGAUGUCACAGACCUCUAA